UGUGUGAGUGUGCUGUUUGCGUCUCUGGGUUGGAGGACGACCAUCCCACUAUGGAGCUGUCCAUCCCGUUCCCAUUCACGACUGGCUCCAAUGCUGCCAACUCCGUCCCACCAGCGUCGCCCGGACCCAGCUGCGCAACCCACCCGUCUGCAUCUGCCUCUUCCUCCGUCCGCUGCACUGCGCUGACCAACGCUGCGCUGAUGCUGCACCACCGCGUGCGCCCGUCCACGUCCACGAGGGCCUCCCUGCCGCACUCCCAGCCGCACUUCCAGCGCCCAUCUCCGACGCUGCCACUGCCACUCACUGCGUCUCACAGCCACAAUGCACUGCAAGCACACAGCCAAGGCCGAGCAGUCCAAGGUCAACCGUCACCAGCGAGCAGCUGCUGUCCUCACUGCAAACCGCUCGUCGCCAAGCUGGGUCGCUUCCAGACAGGCCUGCAUCCAGACCAGUUCAUUCUGAUGUGCCGUUCAUGCGGGUACUCUGUCGACCCUGACGAAGACGUCGGCGCAGAGGCGCCCGAAGGCCCAGUCGUCGUCGUCGUCGUUCCCAGAUCGUCUGCGUCGUCGCAGCUUCGUGCUCAUUCAUCCUCGGUGUCCGCGUCCCCGUCGUCGUCACCGACGUCAUUGUCACAGUGUGAAUCUGCGCAUCGUGGUCGUCGACGUCGCUUGUCCGUCACAGCCGACGUUGGUCGGUCGACGUCGAAUCGAAUCGAUUCUGUCGAGUCGGAUUUGACUCCCUCCGGUAAGAGAGCACGCCUCAGUCUGGUUGACACCCCUCGGCACCAACAACAGCAACAACACCAACAGCAGCUACAUGCUGUCGCGGUCGAUUCGAUGCCAGCACGGGAAUUGGCCAUUCUCAAACAGACAGCCCAGUAUUCGUGGCGGCCAACCCGCUUUUGGGACACCAACGCCAAUACUCAUAUGGUGCUGUGGUCCACUCCGCCGCCACCUCCUCGACAGCAUGACGAAGACCGAUUGGCACCAAACGUUGCUCACCAGCUGCGACUCGCGCGUGCCACUUCGGCAUUCAUCGCGUCGCUGGACUUGUGCCUCCUACUCGUUGCAACCAACAUUACCUUGCGUGAAAUGCUCGACCGUCUCUCGCAAUCCGGCUACUCGCUGCCUGUCAGUCUUUACAGCUGCCCGCAAGCAAACACGGUUGAAAUGUUGCUGGGCUCGACCACGCGAGAACGUGCCAUCGACGAGCUCCCGCUUGCACUUCGCCUGUUGGUUCCCAACAAUGUCAUGUCUCGCUCAACCGCGAGUCAGCUCGAUCUCUUGCGCUCCGUCCUUCCUGUGACUUUUUCAGUCGACAUCCAGGCUGCAAUCAUCCAUCACUUUGAUCGCGCGCAAGAGCUUCACCACACUGCCGCCGACAUUCCGAGCUACCAAGUCGACGUCUCGACUUUGUCCAGCAACAGCACGGUCGCAGCUGCAGCCGCCGCAUCAGCAUCAGCAGCAGCAUCAGCGAGCGGGAUGACCAACGGCAGCACAACGACCGCUCUUUCUCCUUGGAUUCAGCACUUGCAUGCCGCACGUCUUUUUGCCAUCCUGUUCCUCAUGCAGCAACAAUGCAGUGGCUUUCCACUCAAAAAUCCGGCACCUUCCACUGCUGCCAUGCUGACGUGCCUGUUGCAACCCCCAUCCGAAGAUGCCCUGCUUGCUCGCGAAGCGCAGCUUGCGCACGCCGCGUCCAUCCCGACCGAAACGCUGACCCACACCGUGCUUCGGCAUUCCAUGUGCCUGACCUGCAACGCGGCCGCUGCUGAACCGACCCCGCAAGAAUCCACGAGUCUGCUCACCUUUAAGCAUCUCGACUUUUCCGAGCAGCUCGCGCAACAGUUUGACUUGCGACGCGAGUGGCUGAAGCAGUACCAGUCGUGGGCGCGUAGUGGCGCACGAUUGGGAUCGCGCGCUGCAACAGUGUCGCGCAGAAGUGUUUGGAAACGCGAUCCAACGCAGCCGUUUUUCCACAGCCAAAUGCGCGACUCUGACAACUGGCUGUCUAGUCCGACGGUGCUGGUUGGCGAAGAUGCUGCAGCACUGCAAAUGCGUGACCGUCUGUUCGGCAGGAACAUGGAUGAUCUUUUUGCAGCAUCCUCCCCGAUCGGCCUCGGCCACAGCCUCGACCUGGAGUUGAGCAGCUCGGCCUCCCCCGCGUCGUCAUCCUUUGCCGAUGCGGCAUUGUCAUUGUCUGCCAACCAGCAACAACAAAAGGAACAACAACAACAGCAACAACAACAGCAACAACAACAACAACAAAAGGAGCAGGAGCAGCAAGAGCUUCUCGCUCGGCAACAUCAGCAACAAUUGGCAGAUGCUUCGUCCUGCUUCUCCAUGUUUCAUCCGACGCAGCCGAAAGUCACAUGCCCGGGGUGCCACGCUGCAGAUGCUUCGGAGCAGGUCUCUUUCAUUCAGCGUGGUCACUUGCUCGUCGCCAACUUUGACGAAGCCGGCAUUCCGUUCGAUCCUUGGGACUGGGUUUUGACUGCCGAUGUGGCCGACACUCUCCCCACGAUUCGAACGACGGUUGACUUGAGGGGGCUUGCCCCCGUUCCUCGCCUCUCUGCCUCUUUUAUCGCAGAAGACGGAGGCGUGUAUCAAGUCACGCACAUUGUUCAGGCACUGCCGCCGCCUCCUCAGCCAGAGUUGGAGUCUGCGCCUGUCGGUGCCGAAAUGGUCACCCUGUCGCUCAACAGCACGGGCAAGACAAUUACUCUGCCCCUUGCGCGCCACGAAUCUACCAUGGCCGCCUUUUUGGAUUCUCCUGCGGCCUUCGAGGUUGCGAGCGCGGCCGGCAUGGAAUCCGAUCAAGAAUUGCAGACGUCAUCUUCUUCUGCCUCUUCUUUUUCCUCCUCCUCCUCCUCCUCCUCCUCCUCCUCCUCCUCGCCGCUGUCAGCCACGCAGGCAUCCGCAUCGUCGGCAUCGUCCUCAGCAAACUUUCCUCGCUCGCGACAGUUCCAAACACAUAUUCGCUGUGGAAAUUCGUGGUUGACCGUUUCCACAGGCGACGCUUGCCCGCAGUGGUCGGACGUGCCGCCCCGCUCCGCUGUCGAUCGGCGUGCGGUGCGAAUGGUCGUUUGGCAGCGCCAAGACGUCCUCGAACAGUUCUUGGACGCUUGCGCCACGGACGCUGCUGCCGAUUCUGCGCCGGCGUUGGCUGCGGCCGCUGCGGCCAGUGCGGCGAUUGUUGCCAGGAUUCAGCAAUCGGACAGUGACGAUUCAGGCAGCUUGUCGCAAUCCUCGCAGUCGUCGAGUCCUUCUAUACCCUUCAGCAUCCCGUCCACACCCUCGCCCAGAAGCUCGAGUCCAGCGUCGAUAAUUAGCAGCGCAAUUCGCUCGCGUCGUGCCAGUGCUUCGUUCGUUCGCGCGAUCAGUACGACCGCCUUCUCCACCACCGAGGCGCUCAUUGAACGCCGAGUCACAGAAGCCGCGUUGAGUCACAGCAGCAGCAGCAGCAGCAGCCAUGUGCCCCAUCCCUAACACGUUUCCCCCAACUUAUUUAUUUUCAG